UGUUCAAUAUACAUAUUUAAAUUGAAUAGCAAACUGAUAAAUGAUUGUUAUCUUCUUUUGAUAGACUUGCACACUAAUCAUAGCCACAUCUAACGGAAAAAUAGCUGCAUUGCCUGCACUGAUGUGCACAAGUGUGUGUGUGGGUGUGACUGUAUGUGUAUCAGAGUAAUCGCAAUCGAUGUCGAGUGUUGCCGAACCGAUAAAUUGACCGCGCAGCAAAACAAAGGCGUCAGUUGGCGCUGAAGAGCCCUCGACACUGGUUUAUUUGCUGUUCGCUUUCAUAGCGCUCAGUUUGAACGGGAAUACGUAACGUAAGCUAAGAAAACCCGUUUCAGAUUGUCUGUUUAUUAUUCCCCGUGCGUUCGAUUGAUUAUUGUUGUUAUAAAAACUAACAAGACAAAAAAAGCAGCAAAAUGAAGUUGUUGCCGCUUGCAGUGGCAUUAAGCGUUUCGUUGGCCUUUGGCUGUCUGCCAACACCUGGGGCAGCUGCGGGAGCCGACGAUCUGGUUUACGGCUACGAAUGCCACUCUGGCGUCUGUCGCAAGGUGGAGCUGAGCGAGGACAACUUUGCCAAGGCAAUCAGUCUGCCCGUCUGCCGUCUCUUCUGCAGCAGCAGCAUUGGCACACUGUGGCCCAAGCCCACAGGCGCUGUGCAGCUUGAACCGCUGAUGCGUCAAGUGGACAUCACCAAUAUUAAAAUCCAAAGGCCUGGGGGCGUCAAUAAAAGGGACAAAGUUUGGCGGGACACCGAGCGACGUUGGAUGGACUUGGUACACGCCAAGAUACCCAAUCUCAAGCUGCUGCGUUCGGGUGGCUAUCAAUUGGCGGUAGUCAUAAAUACCGCUGAUAGUGCGAAGCCCACACGCCUCACCCUCGACACCGACGAGAGCUAUGUGCUGCAAAUUGGCACCAACUCCACCGCUGGCCAGGUGACUGCCAACAUUACGGCGGACAACUUUUAUGGCGCACGCCAUGCGUUGGAGACGCUCAAUCAACUGAUUGUCUACGACGACAUUCGCCGCGAACUCCAGGUAACAGCGAACACCAGCAUCAGCGAUGCACCCGUCUACAAAUGGCGCGGACUCUUGCUGGACACGUCGCGCAACUACUUCUCCGUGAAGUCCAUCAAGCGCACAUUGGAUGGCAUGGCCAUGGUCAAGCUCAACACCUUCCACUGGCACAUCACCGAUUCGCACAGCUUCCCGCUCGAGGUGAGCAAGCGCCCCGAGCUGUCCAAACUGGGAGCCUAUACGCCUAGCAAGGUUUACACGCACAAGGACAUCGAGGACAUAGUGAAUUAUGGACGUGUGCGUGGCAUUCGUGUUAUGCCCGAGUUCGACAGUCCGGCGCAUGUGGGCGAAGGUUGGCAACACAAGAACAUGACUGCCUGCUUCAAUGCGCAGCCAUGGCAAAAGUUUUGCGUUGAGCCGCCUUGUGGACAACUGGAUCCUACGGUUACCGAGAUGUACGAUGUGCUGCAGGACAUUUUCAGUGAUAUGUUUGAUCUCUUUGAUCCCGACAUUUUCCACAUGGGCGGCGAUGAAGUCUCUGUGGGCUGUUGGAACAGCAGCGAAACAAUACGCAAUUGGAUGACAAAGCAGGGCUGGACUCUGAAUGAAGCCGAUUUUAUGCGUCUGUGGGGCCAUUAUCAAACUGAAGCUCUUAAGCGUUGGGAUAACGUGACUUCGACAGCGGCAGCACCAACGCCCAUUGUGCUCUGGACGAGCACACUGACCGAGGAGCCGUACAUUGACGACUAUUUGGAUCCACAGCGUUACAUCAUACAAAUCUGGACAACUGGCACCGACAAGGUGAUCAAGAAGAUAUUGAAACGCGGCUAUCGCAUCAUUGUGUCCAACUAUGAUGCACUUUACUUUGAUUGCGGCGGUCCUGGCUGGGUAACGGAUGGCAACAACUGGUGUUCACCCUACAUUGGCUGGCAGAAGGUCUACGAGAAUAAUCUCACCCAAAUCGCUGGCGAUUAUCAGCAUCAUGUGCUCGGUGCCGAGGCAGCAAUUUGGUCCGAACAGAUCGAUGAGUAUACGUUGGACAAUCGCUUCUGGCCGCGAGCCAGCGCCUUGGCCGAACGUCUGUGGUCGGAUCCCGUUGGCGCUGAUGGUGGCUGGAAGCAGGCGGAGGCACGCAUGCUCUUGCAUCGCGAGCGUCUCGUGGAGAAUGGCAUUGGAGCGGAGGCAAUGCAGCCGCAAUGGUGUCUGCAGAACGAGAACGAGUGCCCCAUUGAUGCGUAUGCUUAGCUAAAUGCUUGGGUAGCAUAAGCAUUUUACAAAUUGUUAUUCUUAUUAUACAGAUAUACAGCUGCUUAUUGGGAUGGCCACAUCCACAGCCAACUCAGUCUGCUCUUUGCUGUUGGUUUAAUGCUUUGCGUCUGCAAUAAAAUCCACUUGAGAGUGUGCGAGUGACUCGUCGUUUAAUUAAUCAUAUCGUUAAAUGAGAUUAUUUUCGUGGUUUUUGUUAUGUUGUUUAUGAAUACAAUGUGUGUUGUUUAGAUUAAUUACUAAUUAAUGGAUGCACCUCCCGCUCACAGCCCCUUUUUACAGGGAUAUGUUCAGUUUACUCGUUCCACUGCUCCUCGUUGCGUCCGAAUUUGUACACCAAGCUUCCGAAUAGUAUGAAGACAUUCUGCAGUAGCAGCGCCACACCUAGGCUUGUUUCCUUUUUAUCUGUAUGAACAAGGAUUCGAUUUGUAUCGCUGGACAAAUUGAACAGUAUCUACUUUCAAACUUACCAUUGUUGAUAAAGUCUGAGAUCAUCACCCAAAUGGCCGCAAUGAUCGACGCAAAUCCCAUGAUGAAGCCAAGGAGCAGCACGAUCUUUGCAUUUCUCGCUCCCCAUUCCGAGGUGUUAUCUUCCGAAAUCUAUAACAAACAAAAGAAUUGCACAUAAGACGGAGUGACUCAUUUUUCUUUGUACCUAUGUAUGAAGUGCGUAUAUACAAAUAUUAUUGUCACUUACAUGUUCGCCUUUAACAAUGUUGAUCAUGGCAAAGCUAAGGGUGCCAAAGAUGCCGAUGAAAACAUGUCCUGUCGUUAUCUGGUGCUGAUUGUCGCCAGACAUGGCAUCGAUUAUUAUCCACCACCCUGUGAAGAACUGCAGGAGUAAACAUUUUUUAUCAAUUACGCACAAUUCCAUUAGCUGGCAUACUAUCAUUUACUACGUACCAGAAAGCCGGCUAUAAUAGCCGAAGUUUUGUUCACCCAUGCUUCGGAUGAAAACCACUCUCUAAUGUUUUCAAUAAUACCCAUUUUGUGUUU